CUCUACGUAGAUAACAAAAGCAGAUGGCGACUGCUUGGAUAGAGAUUAGCGUAUCUCACAAGUCUCUAGCAGACGAUACACACAGCUCACAAGUAAAGCAUAUCAUCAUGAAACACAGAACGAUUCUACGUGCUUCAAAAUAGGAUUAAUAUAAUAACAAUCAUGUAUUAUUAUCUGAUGAUAAACAUAAGUUUUUUUUGACUUUGCUUAUUCGCAAAUGAUGAACAACACCAAAAUGAUGAACAACACAAGUAUGGAGCUUAACAAUGUAGGAGGCAGCAAAAGUUCUGUGUAUUUAGUAAUAUCAUUUAAAAGAUUAUGUAUGAGCACCGUUUGCCUACCAUUGUUUUCUCUGAUUUUUUGUUUUGUCACUGCAUAUAUUUUCCAACAGGAUGACAUACAUGAAACACAUUGUAAGGUUUAUAAUGUCCUUCCAUCAAUAUCAGCUAUAACUGGCGUAUCUCCUCAACGAUAUUUAUGGCGUAUUAGCAUAGCAUUACAUAUUGGACCUCGUUUAGUUAUUGCCGGUGUAUAUCACUCAUAUUAUUAUAAAAUACUCAAAACUUUAGAAGAUGUACCUAGCAGAAUUAUGGGAUGUAGACUAUUAAAUUUAUGCUAUUGGUUAAAUAUUGCUGAGGUAGCUGCUUUAAGUGGCGUAACAUAUAUAUCAAAUAGAGAGAAUUAUCCUGUACACGAGAAGAUUUUUAUCGUGUUCAUGUUCAGCUCUCUCUCAUAUAUGCUGACAUCAGUAAGAUUAGGCCGUCUUGUUACUCCUAAUGCACAAAGUCUUCAAUACAAACAGGCAUUGUUUGUUACAAGCGUGAUCAGUACGGUUGGACUUAUUAUCUUCUUUUUAAAACAUCGGCUGUUAUGUCACGACUUGGCAUUUAGUUGGUUCUCAUUAUGCGAAUACGUGAUAGCCUCUGCAAAUAUGGGAUUUCACUUUACCGUGAUCUUAGACUUUCCAAAAGAACAGCUGGUUGUAGGUCAUGGAUUACCUGCCACGAAGGUGGAUUAAUUUUAUAGAAUAAUUUAUAAUUUUGAUUGUCGUCUUAAAGUACCUACUGUCACUACCUGGAAGUGCUGUUCUGUUCAUUUUAUAUUUUUAAUCUAAAAAGUAAUGAGAAUUUUAUUAUUAUGACGCAUAAAGUGAUUUUUAAAAGUUUCUUAUUUAUAUGAUCAUAUUAUUCUCAAUGAAUUAAUAUCAAAUUAUUUUUAAACGACUCAAAGUGACUGUUACUUUGAUUUUUUCUUUCUUUCUUUUUUCUUUUUUUUUUUUUUUUUUUUUAUAAUUAAUCAUCCUUUCCAAUUAAACAAAUAAAAUCAUUUAUAAAGUGAGAGGUAGCAGAGAUGAUAUUUAUUAAUAUAAAUAAUGAAAGAAACAUAGCGCUUCCAUAGUAAGGCACUGGGGUUACUUACGAUGAAUCUUCUAAUGGCCUUCCAAUAACAAUUAUUAGUAAAGAAAAACAUCGUAGUGACUAUAAUUAAACAAGUGUAUUACAUAUAAACAGCACAUGGUAUAUAGUAUAGUAAGGUCAGAUAUAUUAGCACACUAAAUUGAAUUUUUCACGGAGAAAAGGUCCAUUAUACGAAGAAUGAAAAGAAAUUUCAUUCUAUAGAAUUGAAAAAGUUUUAUCUUUGUAGAGAUUUUUUGAAAGUGGAGAUUCUAGUCGAUCGCAUAAAGUCUAGUCGCUACGUUUUUCAAUCGCUUUAUAUAUAAUGUAGAGAAAACAUUAUUUUGUAUGUUCAAAUUCAUUGUUAUAAGAAACAUAUACAUAUAUACAUAUAUAUAUACACAUAUAUAUAUAUAUAUAUGUGUGUGUGUGCGUGUGUAUAGAGAAAGAGUGAGAAAGAGAAAGAGAAAUGCAUUUACGUCGAUGUAAUUUAGAACUAUGAAAAUUUUACGUUCAUCAAAUGAACGUUACAAUGAGAUCUGAAAUUUAUUAUCCAAUAAAAUAUCUUCUAAUUAAUAUCUUGUUGAUGAAAGAUCAUCGAGGCUAGGAGAUAUGUAUGUGUAGGAAACAGGGCUUAUAAGGUUAGAUUUUAAGAUAACCAAAAUGAUUUCUGUGAGAUCUAAUUACGAGACUAAUUAUUAUAAAAUACGACACGUAAAUGUAAUACGAAGUUUAGGAUGUAGUUCCUAUGUUUUUAACAUUAGCACAUAAAUAUUUACGAUUUAUAUAUAUAUAUAUAUAUAUACUUACAUACAUAUAUAUAUAUAUAAUAUGUACAUAUACAUGUAUAUAUGUAUAUAUAUGAAUAUAAAUAUAUAUAUAUAUAUAUAUAUCUAUAUAUACAUACAUACAUAGUAUUCGAUAUUUCAAUAUAAUUGCGUCAUUUUAAGGAUAAUUAACAGAAUUUAUUUGAGAAGAGUAUGCUCGAAGAGGAAUCGCAAAAGAAAGGAAAAAAGAAAAGAAAAGAGAAAAAAAAAAAUAAAAAAAGAAAUAAUUCUGCGAUCCCUCGUUAUAUAACAUCUGACCAAGGGAUGAAAUUUGAAACAAUAUUUGUAACAAACACUUGUAUGUAUGUGUGUUGAACUUUCGAACCAAAAAAACCUUAUUAACAAUAUAAAAACAAGAUCCUUUUGAUUCAUGUAAGAUAUUCUUCGUAUAUUCCGCAAGCAUGACAAUUUUAUAGAACGAUGUUAUUAUAUACGCAUUUGCCGAAUUAAUUAGUUUUGUGAGAGUCAACUUAUCGUACACAUACAUACAUACAUGCAUACAUAAAAUACAUACAUACAUACAUAUGUAUUUCUUCGUCGUAAUAACAUGUGAAAACUUUACGUUCCAAGAUAAUCGUAUGUAUGAUGUAUUAUUAUUAUUAUUAUAUAUAAUAUACACCAUAAUAGAUCGUGCGUAUAUAUUACACGACGAUUUAGAAAAACAUCUGUUUUUUGCACAUUUUUAUACACACAAAUACUAUCUAACUAUUCUCUAUAUAUUUUAAUAUGAGAAUCUCUUCUUAGAUUACUUGUCAAAACAAUAAACCACCGACAUGUUCGCCAGCAUAUUUAUUAUAUAUAAUGAGACGAUGAUUAUGAAAGUGGUUUGAGUUAAAAAUUGACAAAAAAGAAAAAGAAAAAAAAAGAAAAAAUUUCGUUUAUUUAAGCAAUAGAUAUAAUUAAUAUCAUUCCCAUAUGAAUUAAGGAGAGAAUUAAUUUUUUCUUUUUUAUUUUAUUUUAUUUUAUUUUUUUUUUUUUUUUAUUUUAUUUUAUUUCUUUUUUUCAAUUUUUAAAUUAUACCACGCUCUCAUAAUUAUCGGCUCAUACAUAUAUAUAUACAUAUAUAUAUAUACUAUUAAUUACUAUAUGAGUUAGCAUUGUAAAAGUGGUCUAACGUAAAUCAAGGUUAAAAAAAAAAAUUAAUUUAUUGGAUAAUUCGUAUAAUUAGAUCAUUGCUAUAUGAAUUAUAUAUUAAACUAAUUUCCUUUUUUUUUUUCUUUUUCUUUUUCUUUUUUUUUCAAUGUUUUACUUCAUAAUCAUCGACUCGUAUAGUAAUAACGUAUAUAAAGAUUCUUUCUAUACAAAAGCUACAUAUGACAUGUGAUUCGAAUAAAUGCAUGCCAUUGUCAAUAAUUAUAAUAAAGAAAAGAGAAAAGGAAGAAUCAAAUGAAAACGAAAGAAAAAAUGUCCAAACGCCGGCGAGAUGUCAUUGGUUUAUAUCGUAAUUCUCUGAGAAUAAUUUUUUUUUUUUUUUUUUUUUUUUUUUUUACUCCUUUUCAUCGUCAUUAAGUGUUGAACAAACAAUGAUUAAAUGAUCAAUGAUCAUGGUCGGUUUAUUCGAUGUUAUCGAAACGUUCAAAUCCGUGCCAAGUGAUGCACUAAAGAUAACAAUAAUACAACAUUUUCGCGUUUCAUAUUGAUAUCGAAUUGUAUAAUAAAUGCUUGGUAAACUAUUAUCAUUCUUCGGUGAUAAGAUCUUUAUUGAAUCACUUGUUUCUCGUGCCUGAUAUCGAGCGCUACCAUAUCGAUAAUAAUAUACAUACACACAACAUGCACUCAUUUAUAUGCACACGUAUAUACGCACAUACAUACAUACGUACGUGUGUACGUAUGUACAUAAAUACAUUACAUAGAUACAUAAUUGCAUACAUACAUAAAAAAAAUUUCAUUUGACACGGCCCGUUUGCUUUUAGUACGAACAAUUUUCAAGACAUUUUUCAAGACGAGAAAGAAAGAAAGAAAAAAAAAAAAGAAACAAGAAAAGAAAAAAAAAAAGAAAAAAGAGCACGGAAUGAUCGCGAUUUGUUAUAUCACAAUGUCAUUCCCUUAGUGUCAGAUCUAAACUCUCUAUCUCUGUUAAAGGAAAUAAAGAAGUUUUAAACGAAAAAAAAAAUGGAGAGAGAGAGAGAGAGAGAGAGUGAGAUAGUGAGAGAAAGAAGAAGGAAAAAAGACGCACGAAAGAGGAAAAAGAAAAUCAAUCAAAAUUAUAUACAGGGUUGACGUACGAUAAAUGAAUUCUUUAUCGUCGUCGCGUAAGAAUUUUUUAAAAAUUCCUUUUUCUUAUUUCUUUUUCUUUCUUCAUUAUUUUACAUCUAUUAUUAUUAUUAUUAUUACUAAUUAUUAUUGUUAUUAUUAUUAUUAUUAUUAUUAUUAUUAUUAUUUAAAAUACGAUAUACGCAUUAUGAUACUAUAAUUGCUACGAAGAUACUAUGUUUCGAUAAACAAGUAAGAUAAAUGCAAGAAAUCUCUGGCACGAUCGAGACGAUUAAGAAAAAAAUGAUCGAGUGCCAAGCAAAAAUAGUUAUCUAAAGACGAAAUGAUAUAGAUCCUUGACACGAGUGUCAAAAUCUUUAUUUAAUCGAUGUCACUCACUUGGCACUUCGACUCUGGCAGAAAUUAGGCUAAAUUUGUCACACAUUAAAAAGAGAAAGAGAGAGAGAGAGAGAGAGAGAGAGAGAGAUAAAUCUAUAACGAGUACGUAAAAAGAGAAAAAUAUUUCUAAGUAAGUAUAAACACACCUAGAAACAAGUAUUAUCUUAUUUCUAAUUCAUUCGUCUUUUUGACAAGUUAGAUGUGAUAAAUGAAAUCGAUCGUUAAAGUUAAUUUUUAAAAGGAGUCCAUAGAUAAAACUACGAUGUAUAAUUUCGUUUUAUCGUCAAAGGAAAAAACAUUUCAAUUACUUUAUUACAAUAUACUCAUUUUAGUAAGUAUGCAUUUACGUUCGCACGCUAUAAUUUUCUUUUUCUUUCGUUUCUUUUUUUUCUGUUUUUUUUUUUUCUUCUUUCCUUUCCUUCCUUUUUCUUUUUUCUUCUUCCCUCUUCUUUCUCUUCAAAUCCAUGGUCGAGUAAAUAACGUUAUGAACAAAAAAAAAAAAAAAAAACUGU